AUGGAGAAUAUAGAACGUCAUUGCAUUACAAUAGAAGAAUUAGAUAGCGACAAUGAAUCGUCAAUUCGAUCUACUAAAGUAACAGAGGAUUCCAUUGAUGAUGCAUUUGUAGUUCUCAUGCAAAAGUGCUUGGAAGAUUUGGGUGGAAGCAAAAUCCAAAUCUCGGAAACUAGGAGCUCUGUUUGCAUAUUCAGAGCCCCUCAAAGCUUCAGAGAAAUUAGUUCCAAGGCUGCUAUUUACCCAGAAAUGGUGUCAAUAGGCCCUUAUCACCACGGCAAAGAUCAGGCAAUGGGGGUCGAUUUACGCCAGUUAAUGAAGGCCAUGAAAGGAUUAGAGAGCGAGGCAAGAAGUUGUUACUCAGAACCCAUUCCGAUGUCAAGAAAAGAUUUCAUUGAGAUGAUGGUACUUGAUGGUUGCUUUAUUGUUGAGCUCUUACACCAAGUUUGCGGGAGUCAAGGUUCUGAAAAUGCCAACAUCCCAAUCAUCAUGAGAGACCUCCUUAAGCUUGAAAACCAACUUCCUUUAUUCGUUCUCCAGAAGCUCUAUGAUUUCUCCAUUGGCAAUGUUUCUGCAUAUAUUGCCUUCAUGAGUUGUCUCAUCAACUCAGCUAGAGACGUUACAUGCAUUUGUGAUGAUGGAAUUAUCGCCAGUUCCUCCUACAAUGAUCUACGUGUUGCUCAUCUUUUCAAAAAAUUAAGAGAAAAUGUUGAGUUCAAUAUUAGAGAUCUUUACCUCUAUAAGCAAUUCAGAGAUGUGGAGGCCUACUAUAGAAGCCACUAG